UUGCUAUCCCCCCUUUUCGCCCGACCCGAUUAGAGGGCCGUUCCCUUCAAACCACCCCUUGUGGGCGCGCCGCCAACCGUCAUGAUCUACGGGGAGGUGGUGCAGCGCUGGCGAGUGGCGCAGGGGGCCGUGCUGCAGAGGUGGCCCACGCAGCGGCUCGAGCAGUUCGGGGGGUGGUUCCUGGUGGCGCUUUUCUUCGGUAUUUUGCUCUGGGAGGAGGUCUGGAAUCUGGAGAACACGGCGUACCUCUCGGCGUGGCUCCUGCUCCUGAUCACCGCGGGGGCCGUGAUCUGCUCCUGGUUCUUCGAGCGCCGCAUGUGGUGCCGGCACCUGUGCCCCAUCGGCGGCAUGAACGGGCUCUACGCAAAGUUGUCGCUCACGGAGCUGCGCUCGGAGCGGGGGCAGUGCAACGCCGAGUGCAGCACCUACCACUGCUACAAGGGUGGGCCCCCCGAGGGCGAGGGUCAGGAGACGUCUGGGUGCCCGCUGUACUCCCACCCAGCGAGCCUGACCGACAACCGCGACUGCGUGCUCUGCAUGACGUGCCUGAAGGCGUGCCCCCACCAGAACGUGAGGGUGAACCUGCGCGCCCCGGGGGUCGACUUCGGCUUCCCCUUCCUGUUCCCGGUGCCGGGCACGUCCUCCGCGGCGGAGCAUAAGGCGAGCGCCCACGAGGUGGCCUUGAUGUUGUUGCUCCUGGGCGCGGUGUACUGCCACAGGCUGCCUGGGCUUCUGUCCCAGGCCGGCUUCGAGGAGCAGGCCGCCGCCGCCGUCGUAGCGGAGCGGGGCUUCGGCGGCCUGGCGGGCGCCCACGGCGUUUGGGCCGCCGCGGCCCUCGUCGUGCCAGGCCUGUCGGUGUGGCUCGCGGACGGCAUAGCGCGCGCGGCGCUGGCGGCGGCGUCCCCGCGGCGGUGGUCGCCGCGGCCCUUUGUGGAGCUGGCCUACUGCUACCUGCCCCUGACGUGGCUGGCGUCGCUGGCUUUCUACCUGGACCUCGGGAUGACCGAGGCUGGCCGCGUCCUCGUCGUGGCAGAGAAGACGCUGAACUAUUUCAUCGCAGGGUUUCUCUUGAGUUUUGGCGUCAACAACGAAUCGGCGCUGAGCGCACCAGUUCCCGUCGUGGUGGCGUCUGCUGACGUCGUCGCUUUUCUCCAGGGUAUGUUGUUGUUGGCUGGGGCUGGCUUUAGCUCUUUAUUGUUGCGCAAGCUCGGUGGACAGACCCCACUCGUGACCGUCCACCAGUUCUUGCUUCUGACCAUUACUGCAGAGUUAUUCAUAUUGGUGGUUGGUGGCGUGAGCAUUCCUUUCAGCAGCGCCUAGGCACGUAUGCUUCGCUGCGGGCAUCGUUCCACGAUCGUGUUGAGCACAAUCGUUGCUCGAGCGUCUCAUCUCGGUAAGUUCGCGUGACGGAACAUGAAAGGCUGCGCACAUCCGACGCGGAUGUGCGGGACCCGAUGCGACCGCACUCCGCCCACGCCGUGUUCGCCGUUGGACACCCAAAAGAAGAGAGGAUGGUUUGUGCUGGGGUAGUUCUAACC